AUGGUUUCCCCCGGAUCGGAAAUCCUCGACUAUCUGGUCGGCGUCGCUGAGAAGUACCACGUCAACAAGCACUUCGUGGGCGGGACUGUGUGGCAGGGAGCCCGCUGGCAAGACUCCACACACACCUGGCAGGUGCAGUUGCAGGAUAUACUAACGGGUCAGUUGUUCACCCGCGAGUGCUGUGUGCUGAUCUCGGCGGUCGGCGGCCUCGUGGACCCGCAUCCCUUUCGGGUGCCGGGCAUUGAGACAUUCUCUGGUGAUAUCAUGCAUACAGCCAGGUGGAAGCAGGAGGUGAAUGUGGAUGCAAAGAAAGUCGCCGUCAUUGGUAACGGAGCGUCUGCAUCGCAGCUGGUGUCCGCCAUUGCGGAGAAAACUCAUUCCGUCACUCAGCUCAUGCGUACACCACACCACAUCAUGCCGAGCUGGAACUUGAGGAUUUCGUCCACGUAUCAAACCCUGUUACGCUACAUCCCCGGUCUCUUAUUCCUACUGCGCAUCUUGUUAGUUGGUUAUAUGGAGACCUCGUUCAGACAAUUCGACGCCAGGGAGUCCAGAGUCCCGGAAAGGAUGCGCUCGGUUGCAUCGAGCUAUGAGCAUAUCCAAAAGAAUGCGCCCAGUAAGGAGACUCCCUUAGGAAGAAUGAGGAUCUCUUCGACUGACAAAGCAACCUCGCUAGCGAAGUAUUGGAACCUUCUUCUCCCGACAUACGAAUUUGGAUGCAAGCGACGGAUUUUCGACCGCCACUACAUCUCCACAUUGCGUCGGAGCAAUGUUCACUUGGUCGACGAUAGAGUAACGGCGAUCGAAGGCAAAGAUAUCCUAACACGGACGGGCAUGCGUUUCGAGGCUGACGUGCUGAUUCUUGCUACGGGAUUUUCUUUGACGCAGUAUGAUAUCCCCCUGAUCGGUCGACACGGCAAGCCCCUUCAAAGUCACUGGGAUGCAUGUGGAAACAAGUCUGUGUACAAAUCCGUGGCGAUGCAUGGAUUUCCCAACUUCUUCUUCGUCUUGGGUCCGAACUCCGGGCGAGCUAACACGUCGACAAUUUUGUCAAUCGAAAGUUUCGUGGAAUUGAUCAUUGCCGCCGUUGGCCCGGUUUUUCGGGGGGAGCAUACUUCCGUCGAGGUCCAAUUGGAGAGUGAGAAAAUGUACAAUGACAAUCUGCGGUCGUCUCUCAGACAUUCAGUACAAGACAAUUCGUGUGCAAGCGUAGGUCUUGAAGCCGUCGAUCCCUCCUCUUCCGAGGCUGGAUCACCACGUGUCCUUAGGUAUUUCGGUGGCUGA